AUGAAGUUGGACACCAGAGCAAUGCGCCAUCUGGCGUCCGAGGACUGGCGAGUCCUCACAGCAGUCGAAAUGGGUAGCAAAAACCACGAGAUUGUUCCCACUCCCCUAAUAGAAAAGCUGGCUCGCCUCCGAGGCGGCGUAAGCGGCGUCCACAGGAGCAUAUCAGCCUUGGCCAAGGUUGGCCUCAUCGCCCGCGUCAAGGAGGCCAAAUACGACGGGUACCGCCUGACAUAUGGAGGCCUGGACUACCUAGCGCUACAUACUCACGCCAGCCGCAAGGUUGUCUACAGCGUCGGCAACCGAAUCGGCGUGGGGAAAGAGAGCGACAUCAUGGUCGUCGCCGAUCACUCAGGCAAGCAGUGUGUGCUGAAGAUUCAUCGCCUGGGACGAAUAUCUUUCCGAACAGUAAAAUCAAACCGAGACUACUUAAAGAACCGCAACGCCCAGUCGUGGAUGUAUCUCUCAAGGCUUGCCGCCAUGAAGGAAUACGCCUUCAUGAAUGCGCUUCACGAGGAGGGCUUUCCCGUGCCAGUGCCAUUGGCACAAUCCAGACAUACCAUCGUCAUGUCCCUGAUCGAUGCAUUCCCGCUCAGGCAAAUCAGCGAGGUCCCCGACCCAGCCUCUCUCUACGCAGACCUCAUCUCCCUCAUCCUACGCCUAGCAAGCCAUGGUUUGAUCCACGGCGAUUAUAACGAGUUCAAUAUUCUGGUAAAGGAGAUCAAAUCAACAGACGAGGAUGGCAAAGAGUCUGUAACUCUGGAACCAGUUAUUAUCGACUUUCCACAGAUGGUUUCUAUGGAGCAUGUCAAUGCCGAGAUGUAUUUUGACCGAGAUGUAAACUGCAUUAAGCGCUUCUUUUUACGACGAUUCCACUUCACACCCACCCAACCAGGACCCUUUUUUAAGGACGCAAAGAAGACUGUUGGAAAGGGUGGUCUGAAGAGGUUAGAUGCCACAGUUGAAGCAUCGGGCUUCACUAAGAAGAUGUUGAAGGAUCUUGAGGCGGCCAUCAAAGAGAAGGAGACGGUCAACGAGGGCCAAGAAGGGGCAGAGGAGGACGAGGACGACUACGAUGAGGAUGGCGAUGAAGAGAGUGAAGAAGAGGAAGAAGAAGAUGGCGAUGAUGACGGCUCAGAGGCAGAUGAUGGCGAAGGCGAGGGAAGGCAAGAAGCCCUCUUGACUGGUGGACUCUCCGAGGGUCUGUUGGGCGAUGAGCCAGCCAUAGACAAGGCCAACAGCGAAAUGGCCAAAUUGGCAGUAUAGUUUUCAGUUCAUUGAAUUCAUGAAGCAAUAGAUGACAUUACGAAG